AUGGUUGCAUCCGAGGAGCGAGGAGAUUUUCCCCUUAACGUCGACACUAAAAGAGAUUCAGCGGAAAUGAUAAAAACUAAAUUAAGGGCGUCGGAAAAUUUAUUGAAAGAAUGCUACGCGCAGUUCCCUAACUACAGCGGUAUCGUCAAAUGCUUGUUAGAAAAUCCGAUGGAAAAAUUAUUAGAUAUCUGUCGAUUGACUGUAGGUAUACCUCUCAGACCCAUGUUGGGUAAAAUCACUCAGGAUUUGACACAGGUGUUUAAAAAGUCCGAGGGAAAAUUACUUAAUUGUGAGUACAAGUACGAUGGACAACGUGCUCAAAUCCACAUGGAUUCGAAUGGCGUUGUGACGAUAUUUAGUCGUCACCUGGAGAAUAUGACGGAGAAGUUUCCCGAUAUAGUUCAGGUGAUUCCUCGAAUCUGUUCGGACGGUGUAACCUCUUUCAUCAUGGACGGAGAGGUGGUGGCAAUCAAUUCGGACGGACAGUUACAAAAUUUUCAAAAAUUAUCAAAUCGAACGAGGAAAAAUGUCGAAUUGUCGAAAAUUUCAGUACCAGUUUGCGUCUUUGCAUUUGAUCUAAUGUACCUUAAUGGGCAGUCACUGUUGAAAUUACCGCUUCGGAACCGUCGCGAUCUUUUGCAUGGCAACUUUGUGAAAGUUAAAGGUCAAUUUGACUUUGUAGCGCAAAUUGAAUCAUCAGAUCCCGAAGAAGUUCACUCUUUCUUUAAAAAUUCGACAGAAUUCGGAUGCGAGGGAAUAAUGGUCAAGGUGUUAGACGAUCCACCGUCAAAGACAGGAAACAACCAGAGGACGAAUCUGUUGGCUAGUUACGAACCCGAUAAAAGGCUUGAAAGUUGGUUGAAAGUAAAGAAAGAUUAUAUUAAUGGCAUUGGAGAUAGCUUGGACGUUGUGCCAAUUGGGGCCUGGCAUGGCAACGGAAGAAAAGCUCGAUGGUGGAGUCCCGUGCUAUUGGCUAUUUAUAAUCCCGACGCCGAAACAUUCGAAGGUGUUUGUAAAUGCAUGUCAGGGUUUAGUGAUCAGUUUUAUGCGGAAAUGAAACUAAAAUAUUCCAAAGAGAAUGGAAAUAUUUCCGAGACCAAAAAACCUUACUAUGACGUGGAUGAUGGAAUAAGACCGGAUGUAUGGUUCGAACCCCUAGAGGUUUGGGAAAUCAAAGGCAUGGCGGCUGUUGGUAAUGUGGAUCAUGAAAAAGGUUUAUCGUUAAGAUUCCCGAGAUUCGUGAGAGUCAGAGAAGACAAAUCGGUAGAGAAUGCCACUACCAGUGAACAGCUUGCGGAAAUGUUUUUUAACCAGGUGAACGAAAGAAAAUCCGAAAAGAAUAUCAGCAUCGAAGGUGUUUUAGAAGACAAAAAUGAAAGCGACGAGAAUGAUUAUGCAUCAAAUUAA